GUACCCGACUAAAAACUUACUGGACUUGCGAGACGAAGAAGGUAGUGAAAGAACUUUUGCUCCAAAAUGAAGAGUGGCAAAUCUGAAACCUCUAAAGCAGGAACCUCUCAGCCUACCAUCUUAACACCUGCAAGAAUCAAACAUGAAAUCAACCUGUUGAAAGCAUUCCAUGCAAUGGAAGAGGGCAUGUCAGUUUCCGAAGCAUCCAAGCAGUUUGGUUUUCCCGAAGAGUCACUUCAGGUUUGGACCGUAACGAAGAUUCCCAUCAACCAAGGAAGACCUCAACGGUCCUGCAACCAGCACAGUGUCCCACCGACAGCAAAGCGUAAGCACAUGCCGUACGAUAAAGCCAGUUUAGUGAAUGCUAUGCAGGCAACAAAAGACGGCAUGAGCGCUUUGAGAGCUUCCAAGCUGCAUGGUGUACCAGUUUCUACACUUUAUGAUUGGAUCAGAAGAAAUGGCACAGGAUCAACACGGCGUGACAAGGGUAGAAGAAUUGAUGCCAUGAAUCGCAGAAAAACUCCAAAAUCCUCCAAGUCUACACCCUCAUCGAAUGCCACAUAUAAGCGCAUGCACUAUGGUAAAGCCAAGUUAUUGAAAGCGGUCCAGGCAACAAAAGACGGCAUGACCAUCUGCAAAGCUUCCAAGCUGUAUGGUGUCCCAGCUUCAACACUUCGGGAUUGGAUCACUCAGCGUUCAAGGACUAAAAAAAUCACUCCACCCACUGCCUCACAGAGUGCUAGAAACCAGUAUGCUGAGGUGAAUACAGUGGAUGCACUCAAAGCAAUACACGAAGGCUCCACCAUUUUCAAGGCAUCUCGACAGUUUGAUGUCCCAAAAUCAACACUUCAUGACAAGAUACAAGGUAUUAUUAGGAUUGACAGUACAAAGCAUCAACAAUCCUCCGUGCAUAAAAAUGUAAAGACACCAAAAACUCAGUACUACAAUGAGAUCAAGUUGAUCAAUGCAUUCCGUGCUAUACCAGAUGGCUUGACAGUUUACAAAACAGCCAGGCAGAAUGACAUCCCAAAAUCAGCACUUCGUCUCAAGAUCAAAAAGCAGCCUGGUGUCCAAAAACCAACACUUUGUGACCAGACGAUAGGCAACGUAAAUAAUGACAGCACAAAACCCAUGGUGUUGACAUAUAAGCGAAAACGUAGUACGUACAAUCAGGACAAUUUGAUUCAGGCAUUCAAGCUUACACAAGAAGGCACACGUGUUCACCAAGCAGCCAGGCAGUAUGGUAUCCCAGACUCGACACUUCGUGACAUUGUCAAAAAGCAGCGUGGUGUCCAAAAAUCAACACUUUGUGACCAGACGAUAGCUAACGUUAAGAAUGACAGCACAAAACCCAUGGUGUUGAAGGCUAAACGACAACCUCCUAUGUACAAUCAGGACAACUUGGUUCAGGCCUUCAAGCUUUCACAAGAAGGCACGUCUGUUUGCCAAGCAGCCAGGCAGUAUGGUAUCCCAGUCUCGACACUUCGAGAUUGGAUCACAAGAAAUGUUUCCACUCAACGUUCACAGCCUAAACAAAUCCCUCCACCCACUGCCUCACAGAGUGCUAGAAACCAGUAUGCUGAGGUGAAUACAGUGGAUGCACUUAAGGCAAUACACGAAGGCUCCACCAUUUUCAAGGCAUCUUGGCAGUUUAAUGUCCCAAAAUCAACACUUCAUGACAAGAUACAAGGUAUUGUUAGGAUUGACAGUACAAAACAUCAACAAUCCUCCGUGCGUAAAAAUGUAAAGACACCAAAAACUCAGUACUACAAUGAGAUCAAGUUGAUCAAUGCAUUCCGUGCUAUACCAGAUGGCUUGACAGUUUACAAAACAGCCAGGCAGUGUGACGCCCCCAAAUCAGCACUUCGUCUCACCAUCAAAAAGCAGCGUGGUGUUCAAACAUCAUCACUUUGUGACCAGACGAAACAUGUAGGUAGCGUUAAGAAUGACAGCACAAAACCCAUGGUGUUGAAGGCUAAGCGAAAACGUAGUAUGUACGAUCAGGACAAGUUGGUUCGGGCCUUCAAGCUUACACAAGAAGGCACACGUGUUUGCCAAGCAGCCAGGCAGUAUGGAGUCCCAGACUCGACACUUCGUGACAUGAUCAACAAGCAGCGUGGUGUCCAAAAAUCAAAACUUUGUGACCAGACAAUAUGUAACGUUAAUAAUGACAGCACAAAACGUAAACAAUCCUCCAAUUCCAUGGUGUCGACGUCUAAGCGAAAACGUUGUACCUACGAUCAGGACAAUUUGGUUCAGGCCUUCAAGCUUACACAAGAAGGCACAUGUGUUCACCAAGCAGCCAGGCAGUAUGGUGUCCCAGUCUCUACACUUCGUGACAUGUUCAACAAGCAGCGUGGUGUCCAAAAACCAACACUUUGUGACCAGACGAUAAUUAACGUUAAGAAUGACAGCACAAAACCCAUGAUGUUGACGUAUAAGCGAAAACACAGUACGUACAAUCGGGUCGAUUUGAUUCAGGCCUUCCAAAGUACACAAGAAGGCACAUCUGUUUACCAUGCAGCCAGGAAGUAUGGUGUUCCAGACUCGACACUUCGUGACAUGAUCAAACGAAAUCCCAUUGAGGAUGCAAGCAGAGGCCAAACGAAUAUAUUCACAAGAGAUUAAGAGCAACAGAUGGUCAGCCACAUCA